UAUCUUGUGGCAACACUUUUUUCAGUCGUAGCUUCCUAUUACAAUUUUCCACGGGCAUUUCGUGUGUGUGUGUUAUUUUCGUCAAAACUAAAAUAUAAAACGAAUAUUCAUUGAAAAUUGCGCUGCAAUAAAGUGAUCGACCGUCGGACGUACUAAAUUUUAUGUGCGCCGUGUGUGUUUACGCGUAAACGUAAAAAUGGCGAACGUAAGGGACAGCGACACAUCACUGUGGCUGCAUAAUAAACUGGGCACAUCAAAUGAUUCUUGGAUAAAUGGUUCAAUAUGCUCGCAAUUAAACAAAGAAGUUUUGCGCAACAUCAAAGAAUGUUUUCCCGAUUUGCAGACGCAGGUUAAAUUAAAAUUGCUGCUCAGUUUUCUGCACAUACCGCGUCGUCUGGUUGAAGAGUGGAAGAGUGAAUUAGAGGAGGUCAUCGAAGUCGCCGGCCUAGAUACCGAGUUAUGGGUCUCCAUGCUGGCAGAGACAAUGAAAACAUUUCCAGCGACUAGUUCGCUAAAUACAGAAAUCUCCGAUUAUGAGGAUACGCGACCUAUAUUCACCGACAUGGUCAACGAUCUUCGCAAAUUGGUUACCAAGCAUUCGGAUCUGGGGAUGUUGCCGCUCGAAUGUCAAUACCUAAACAAGAACGCACUGGUCUCGGUGGUUGGCCAACAGCCGGUGCCCGUUAAGCACUUCACGCUGAAGCGCAAACCAAAAAGUGCUCAGUUGCGUACAGAGCUGUUGCACAAGUCGGCCGACGCGCAAUCCUCGCUAAAGAAGUCGUCGGCACCUACGAUUCCAUUGCGCUCGCGUGGUAUGCCACGGAAAAUGACGGACACAACACCGUUGAAAGGCAUACCAUCGCGUAUGCCCACCACAGGCUUUCGUUCGCCCAGUGUGCCGGGUAAUGCGCAACGGCCCAAUCUGAGUCGCACACCUGCUGGACGCAAGGAUGGAGGCAUUAAAAUACUCGAAUUCACUGAACAGCCACUGGGCUAUGCUGCCGCCAAGAAGCGCAAGCGCGAACAGCAGUUGGAGGAGCAACAGAAAAAGCAGGAACAGAAACAACAAGCUGCCGCAGCGGCUGCUGCUCAAGCAGCAGCAAACACAAACAACAACAGCGAUAGUCCACCUGCAGAGUCUGCAGCUAAUAACGUUAUCGGAGGAGAGACACCAACUACGCCAACCACAUCAGCAAAUAACAGCUUUGAAAUCAAAUUGGAGCCACAGCUGAACCAAAGCAGUGGCAGCAUAGAUGAGCAGCAGGAUGAGCAGGAGUUCAAAGCUCCGGAGCUAGCUACAAAGACGAUGCAACCAGAUCCGCCAAGCACACCAGAAUAUGCAGCAGCUACUCUACAAUUCACUCAAACUAAUACAGCGGCGGCGCCGACUACGCCCAAUCGCAAGACAGAGAGUAAAGCUAGAGCUAACAAGUCGGCAGCUAAGGCGAAUAAUAACAAUAACAACAACAACAACAACAACAACAACAACAACAACAACAACAACAACAAUAAUAAUAACAGCUACCAUCAGACGCCGAAACGCAUCAAGCAGGAGAUUGAGAUCAAGAGUGAGGAGAUCAUUGUGCCGGCCAGCAUUAAGCUGGAGAAAAUAGAGCCUACUAUCGCAACUACUCCAACAACGGCUAAGACGCAGCUGACAGCGGCGACCACGCAGCGAAUCAUAAUACAGCAGCAGCAGCCAGUGCAGCGUGCUCCGCAUUUACUCAUACGCAGCACGCCGCAGCAACAGAAACGCCUCAAUAACAGCAACACUUUAGCGACAACAACAACAGCUACAACAGCAACAACAACCGUCGGCAACACAACUAUCAAAAUGGAAAAGUUGGACAUAAAGCCCUUGUCGCGAGCAUCAGCUACUCCCAGCGGAAGCAGCAGCAGUGCCAGCAGCAGCACCACCACAACCACCACCAUAUUGACGCCGCAACAAUUGCGGCAGGCGACCAGUCCGCUGGCCAAUCUGCCGAACAACAUUUCGGUAAAGAUAACAUCGGCAAAGGCCAAGGUUGCAGCAGGAAGCGGUGCAGGCAGCAGUGGAAGUCAGACAGCAUCAGGAGCUGCCGCAGUACAGCAGCAGCAGCCCAUCCUGAUUAACAGCUCCACGCCCGUCAUAUUGGCUUCUACGCCCAGUGCUCAACGAGCGAAACCGCAGUUGGUAGCCAGCACCAGUGGCAUUGGCAGCACUACCACCACAAUACCAUCGCAAGCUAUUAAGACCAUGCCGCUGAGUCAGUUAAAGACGGCAGCAAAUAGUGGACCGGUUAUUAUCUCGCAAACCAUCAUUCAGCCGGCUAAGCGUGCUCAGCAGCAGCAGCAGCUACAGCAACAACAACAACAACAACAGCAACAAGGUGCCACAUCCAGCGUAGCGGCAGCUGCUUCUCAGCAGCAUCAACAACAAUUGCAGCAGCAACAAGUGGUCGUUAAUACGUCACAGCCACAAACCACACAGUACAUUCUAGCUGCACCACAGCCGCAACAGCAGCAACAGCCUGCAUUACCGACGCUUACUUCCUUCACUCAGACGCGUCCGCAGACAACGACACUGUACCAAACAGCAGCGAGCGGCAGUGGUCAAACGCCAACGAAAAUACUGCUGAAGACCACGGGCACCACGGGAGUGGUCAUGACACCGCUGCGACAGCAUCAACAAGCUACAACGUUAGUAUCUACUAAUCCGCCACCGUUGGUGGCUACGACGGCAGCCGUGGCUGCUGGCCAGCAAACGCUUAAUAUACAAAAUGUACAGCUGCCGAAUCGUCCGGUCACCAUACAGCCCGCUUCACAGGCGGCGCAGCAGCAGCACUUGCAGGCGCAGCUGCAGCAACAGCAGCCACUGCCGCACCCGCAGCACACGAUUGUGUCCAACACGACUGCCACACAACAGCCAAAGCUAUCCCAGGUGCUAAUGCAACCUGGUGGUGCCAUAGCGGGUGGCACACUGAAUGUCUCACCGACGGCGGCUAAAAGCAAGACGAUCAUACUCACCCAAAAGGGCGUCAUAUUGCGCAACAUUGGCGGCGACAUGUACCAGAUACCUAUUAGCAAUGUAGGCGGCUUAUCCGGACUCAGUGCUGGGGCCACCCUUAUGACAAGCACGGCGGCCGGUCCGCCCAGCCUGGUGAAGACGACGACGUCAACGAGCAUACAGCCACACACAUUACAGCAAUCACAGCAGCAAAGUGUGCAGCCCGGCAAGCAGUUGAUGCCUACGUUAAUACCAACCAACCCCAUUGGAGGCCAGCACGUCAUCGUCCAGCAACAGACGCCCACGAGUGUAAUUGGCAAUUCCUCACAGCAGACGAUAAUCCGGCCUGUCAUGACCAAUGUGGGCGGCGGGUUGACCACGCUGCCGCAGGGCCUGACAUUGAUUCAGCGUCCUGGGCAACAGCCGCAGCUGGUGCAGGUGCAGGCAGCGCCGAGCAGCACGCAGCGAACGAUUAUAACGCAGUCGCCGGCUGCAUCGGCGCCGCAACAGCAGCCGCGCCAGCAGCAGCAGCAACAAGCACAACAGCAGCAACAGAUAUUGGUGCAGCAUAAGCCAGCCCUGCAGCAGUGUUUGGUCACCUCGACGAGCACCCCAGGGAACAAUGCGACCAUACCGCGCACCGUGCAGGUGCAGGUUACUCAGCAGCAGCCACAGCAACAGCAGCAGCAGACGACAGCGCCCGCGGCACAACAGGCGCCACAGCGACGUGGCCUCUCGUUAUCAAAUGAGCACGUUCACAAGGCUCAUGAAAUGUUCCGCAAAGCGAAUCGCGUUUCUCGUCCUGAUAAGGCGCUCAUCUUGGGCUUUAUGGCUGGGCUGCGCGAGAAUCCGCGACCCAAUUCCGAGAAUGUGUUGGUCAUAAAGUUGGGAGAAACUGAGGAAAAAGUGCAACAGGAAGAUGGCAAUACGGCGUUGUGUCAGGUGGAAUCGCAUAUUCGCUUGGACUACAAUACGGGCGAGUGGAAGACAUUCCAGAACUACAGGCUGGUGGAUCAGACUGGUGCCUCAUAGUCCACAAGGGUUAUACGCAUAGUACGCAAGUAGCCUAUGCGUAUGCCCUAGACUUCACUUGUUUGCUACUGGGCUUGUUCUGUGCGUCCAUGUCGUUCUGCAUGGCCAGCAGCUUGGCUUAUCCGCUAAUUAGGCUACUAACCAGUUCUCCCAUCCCCUUUAUAUUAUUAAACUCCGCUUUCCACGAUGGAAAUAAAUGAAUUAUAAAACAAUUAACGUAAAUUAGUAGUUGUACAGUUCUUAGUAUAUAUGUAUGUAGUAUAUAUGCUAGCGCUUUAAACGUUUAGUAAUGAUGCCACAAACACACACCCAUACACACGGCAACACAUAAACAUUACAUACACACAAGUAUAUAUGAAUAUGUAUGAUUAGCACGCUUGACUAGAGAGCGAUAGAGAGAUGAAUUGAAUGGGGAAUGCAAAUAAUCAUACAUUAACACACACCCACACAUAUAUCAAUGUAUGUGGUCAUUUAUAUGCAAAUAUAUACAAGAUAUAUAUGUAUUUACACAAAUUAUAUAUAUGUUAUAUAAAUAUAAAUAUGCAUAAUUAGCAUUAUGUAAUUAGUUCUCGAGUAAAGACAACUGUAUAAUUAAUUUAGCAAGAAGCAUAAUAAUACUUAUUUGGAGCCACGCGAAGAAAUGCAACGCUCACCUUACAAAAUCAUAAAAAAAAUCCAAAAUAUGAAUAUUAUAAAUGUAUGUAAAAUUAUAAAAAAAAAAAAAAAAAAAUUAAAAUUAUAGCGAAGAAACCGCAGCAAAAAUUUAAUAUUAACCUUGAGAAAUGUGUAAUAGUCUAAAAUAAACCAACCAUAUUUAUGGCUUUAAUGUUUAAA